AUGUCAAUACCAUGUACUGCACUGCGCGUCCUUGUUGUUGGGUGCGGAAAUAUGGGCACAGCGCACGCCAGAGCGUAUUCGCUGCUGCCUGGAAUCGAAAUUUGUGGUAUUGUGUCUACCGGAAAAAGCAAAGACGUACUCAAUGAGCGGCUAGGUGGUGGCUAUGCCUUGUUCAGUGAUAUUGCUACUGCCUUAGCGAACGCAAAACCAGAUGCCGUUUGUAUUUCUACUUAUCCUGAUACGCACGAAGCCUUUGCCAUCAUGUCCCUUGAACACGGUUGCCAUGUGUUUAUUGAAAAGCCCCUAGCUGAUACGGUAGAUGGUGCCAAGCGAGUAGUGGCAUGCGCGAAAAAGGCCGGGAAAAAACUGGUAGUAGGCUACAUCUUGCGCCAUCAUCCCUCCUGGAAAAAAUUUGUAGAACUGGCUCAGGGAUUAGGCAAACCGCUGGUGAUGCGAAUGAAUUUGAACCAACAAAGCCACGGAAACAUGUGGAUUGUCCACCAAAAUUUAAUGAAAAGUCUCAGCCCAAUUGUCGAUUGUGGAGUGCAUUACAUAGACGUGAUGUGCCAGAUGGCUCGUUCGAAACCUGUUCAGGUUAAUGCGAUUGGGGCGCGGUUAACCGAUGCUAUACCACCACACAAUUAUAACUACGGUCAGUUGCAAAUUCGAUUUGAAGAUGGUUCAGUAGGCUGGUACGAAGCCGGUUGGGGCCCAAUGAUGAGCGAAACCGCUUUCUUUGUGAAAGACGUAAUUGGGCCGAAAGGCUGUGUGUCCAUUGUUGCCAAGACCGUCGGAGCCGCUGGAAAAUCGGACGACGUCGAUUCGCACACCAAAACUGAAUCACUGCGGGUACAUCAUGCCGCGCUGAAUGAUGCCAAUCAGUUUAUUGAGGACGAUACCUGGAUAGACAUGCAGGAUGAGCCGGACCAUCAGGAGCUGUGCAACCGCGAACAACAAUAUUUUCUAAAAGCUAUCCAGGAAGACCUCAAUUUAACAGACCACUUGCAAGAUGCCGUCAACAGUCUGCAGAUCGCUCUUUCCUGCGACGAAUCGGUGCGAAGUGGGUUGCCGGUUUAUCUGUGA